UGUCUUCCUACACGUCAGGAGGAAGACAGUGUUUGAAGAAUCUUUCUGCUGUGGUCAGAGUAUAGCAUCACAGGGAAUCCUACCUUUUAACGUGGAAUCUGAACCACAUGGACCACUUCAAAUACCUUUGGAUACAGAGCAGAGCAAAUCUUGCAUGGCGUGGUAUUUUAGAAUUAUUGUAUUAUACCGUUUUCUUAGGUGCAGUUUUUAAUUUUUUCUCUAUUUUAGGAUUCCCAUGCGACACUUGUGGCAAACAGUACAAACGCAAAUCAUCGGUAAGGGAACACAAACGUUUCGAAUGUAUGAAAGAGCCUCAAUUUGCAUGUCCUGCUUGCGAAUAUAAAGCAAAGUUGAAGGGAACUCUCAAAAAACACAUGAUCAAUAGACAUUGUUUAAACAUCGAUCUUUAUUAUAAAAAAAAUUAAUAAAAUUUU